ACGGGACUCAGAGAGAAAAGAAGACCUCACUUCCCGGCAUGCCCCGUGCGGCCUCUCUAGUGACGUACUUCCGGCUUGCAGCGGAAGACCGUUUUCGCACCUUCGCUGAGGAAGAGGACGGCAGGAGGGAGCGGAGCUGUGUGACCGGGACUGAAGGCUCUGUGCGGCCGGCGUGAGGCUUAUCUGCUUGCUGUGGGAAGACCUCUCUGUAGAAGCUGGAAAGAUGUGGGAUGACCCCCAGCCACCAAACCCUGGUUUCCGGGAAUGUCUGGAUGAACCUUUCCCCCCAAGAUGGCCGGAUGCUCAUCCACCAAGAAUGAGUGAUCGACCUCAUUUUCCAUUUCGGGGUGGAGCAAGAGUCCCAAGUUCUCACUUUGGCAGCCAAGGAAGUCUUCCUUACAGCCGCAGGGAGGUGGGAACAGGCCAGCAUGCUCUGUGGCAGGAGGACAGGAUACCACCAGAAGACCCAAUAAAUUACAACCUCUCCAGAAUGGGGCUCCCUCCAGGGAAUUACAGGGCUGUAGGUCUCCAAGACGAAGAGAUGCGAGACUCGGACUAUCGAGAACCGAACACGCUAGGAAAUGAGUUUAGGGGCCUCCUAGCUCUUGAUAUGGAUUAUAGAGAGAAGGAAGCAUCCAUUGUAGACCACAGGGAGAGUGGAAGAUCUGAUGUGGAUUAUAGGCUUGAAGAAGAAUCAGCCAUUGCCUACAGAGAGAGGCUUCCACCGCCUUCCAUAUUUAGGGAGAGGGAAAGCUUGGAAUACAGGAAGCGGGUGGCCGCUGAGGUGGAGCUCCGUGAGAGGGCAUCAUUAGAACUGGAGCAUAGGGAGAGAUUGGCUACGGCACUGGAUUACAGAGAUAGGGACGUUUCAGAACUAGAAUAUAAGCGUAGAUUAAAUAUCUUGCUAGAACAAAGAAAAUGGGAGACUGCACUGUUGGGGAUGAGACAGAGGGAAGCGGCAGAGAUGCUGCUCUUAGAUAGAAUUUCUCCUGACAUAUUAAUCAGGGAGAGGGAGGCUGCGGCAAUCAGGGAACGGGAGGCUGCGGCACUGGCCGUCAGGGAGAGGGAGGCACUCAGGGAAAGGGAGGCUGCGGCGCUGGCAGUCAGGGAGAGGGAGGCAGUCAGGCAGAGGGAGGCUGUGGCGCUGGCAGUCAGGCAGAGGGAGGCUGCGGCGCUGGCAGUCAGGCAGAGGGAGGCGGUGGAGUUAGCCUUAAGGGCGAGGGAAGUUAUGGAACUAGAGAUGCGACAGAGAAUGGUAAUGAACUAUAGAGAGACGGGGACUCCUGGACAUUAUAGAGAGUCUGUGGACCACAAUUUAAGAGCUACAGAGAGUGAAGCUGUAAGGCUGAGAGAGUCUAAUAUGGAGGCACACAUGAUAGACCGAGACAGAGGUCUAGACUACAGGGACAGGGUGAUCAUAGAUUACUCCGGCAGUGAGAACAAUGCAUUGCCCUAUAGAGAGGAAGAGACUGCACAUUUGGAUUACAUGGAGGUAGAAUACAAAAAGGAGGCAUUUGAUGGAAGUCCCCAGGAGCCUGCUGCGUUGGGUUACGGACAAGAAGAGACAUUGCAUGCACAGUACGAAAAUAUGGAGAUUCCAGGGUUCACUAUCCAAAAACAUACAGACAUGGACUACCUUGGGAAAGAGACAAUCAACUCUGAGUACUGGGAUAAUGAGAUCAGAGACUCUGACUAUCGAGGCCGAGUGAAUACAGGUUUAGAUUACAGAGACAUGGAAGCCGUAGACUCUGAUUACCGGAAUAAGGAGAAAACGGAUUCAUAUUACCUGGAAAAGGAAAGUGAGGAUUCCGAUUACCGUAACGGUGGAGGAAACCCGGUGGUGGCAGACAGCGAUGAUUCACCUUCCGUGCAGAAAACCAGUCAAAACGCUCUGACCGAGAUCAAACCCGCAACUGAUUAUAGUGAAGUGCCAACUCAUGUCCUAGCGCCAAACGAGUCCCCCUCUGUUCUCAACGAGCCCCUCCCUAAUGCAGAUGCUGGCAGCAUCCCAUUCUCGUCUUAUGAAGAGCCACAGAAGUCUGCUUUGCCUAAUGUCAAAUCUGAAGGCCCUCAGCAGAUUUGCGUGCAGAGCACGACUACAACAAAGGGAGAAGUACAGAGUGAGUCUGAGCCAGCUAGCUGUCCUGGGAAACUAGACAUGGACUUCAGGGACCGACCAAAACCAGAUCCUAAGCAAGAUCUCAAAGAGGUGGCAGAAAAAGCGGUAGGGUAUACAGAUAGUCCAAGCAAGGAGAUUUGUCCUAGUGACCAAGAUUUACGCAAGAAAGAAGACUUCAGUAAGGAAUCCAAAAUGGUAGAUUGUGAUCAGGACUUCCGAUCAGGUGGAUAUAAGCAAGAGAAGGAUGAGGACCUCAGAGUUGGAAAGGAACAACGUCCGGUGGAUCUGCUUGAUGAGAGCUCCUUGCUUUUUGACUUUCUGAAAAUUGCUGCUCAAGAACUAAAACAGCAGAAAGAUAAAGGAAGUGUCUGGCAAGAACCUGGAGGAGAUGUUGUCUCCCAUACAUCCGAGACACCAGUCACUGAUCUGUUGUCUAAUCAGGCCCAGGCUACAGCGUCUGCAAAGCCCUCUGGACUAGAGAGUGCCGCUCCUGGGAUGAAAUUUCUAAGUAACGAGGACGCGGAUUAUAGGAAAACUGACUUCAAGGAUGUAGACUUGAGAAGGAACGUUGAUAUUAGACUUGGACACCAAGCAAAAGGUUUGGACAAGCGAUCGCAGGGGGACCCUCAGCCUGGGAGUAAGGAUAAAGACUAUAGGAGGGCUGCCUUGCCUGAUGGGGCCACUAGGAUUAUAUGGCUGGAUGGACUGCCAACAGGAGCGUCUCGAGAAGAAAUCCUGUCCACACUCAGUGGUGCCCACAGGCUGCCCGUAGACGAUGUGAAUCUCAUUGGAUACAUUCCAGGUUACAGCCUCGGCUCUGUCUGCGUGGAGUUUUCCCUCGUGGAAGAGGCCGUCGGAUGCAUGGAAGCCAACAAGGGUAUUGUGUAUUUUAAAGGGAAGAAAAUCAACCUAAAAUAUAUUCCUAAUUCAGACCGGUGGAACUGUCAGCAGUGUAAGACCGUAAAUGUGUUAUCUAAAGAGAGGUGCUGGCAGUGCAGUGCUCUGCGGGCAGGAUCUGAUCAUCUGCCCCUCAGAGAUGCCCGCAAGGUUCUACCGGCGUCAUACAGACUUCCGUCUCCGCGUGGCAAGAAGCGCAAAGCAAGGCAGAAUUCCUCUGCCCGUAGCCCAGACAGGAGUAAGGAGAAGACCCCUCCGAGGGAAAGAAGUCCGCUUUCUAAGAGCAGAAAAGAGACAAGGCGGUCCUUAUCUAACACUGCAACUGUCAUCAUUAAAGGACUUGGCUUCUAUACGACUGCAGACAGCGUGGUGAAAGCGCUCAAACCUUACGCACAGAUAUCGGUGCACAAUGUCCGCGUCGUGAGAAAUCGCAAGUCUGAGCGUUGUGGAUUUGGCUUCGUAGAUCUCAAGGAUCACAAGGAGGCGACACGGCUUACAGUGCAGAUGCGUGAGCUGAAACCACCACUCAAAAUAGAUGGGAAGCCAAUAAACAUGGAUCUGUCACACGGGCGGAGAUGUUACGAUCAGCCAAAGGCUCAGAAAGGUGCUAAAGCGGCUCCAAGAAAGGAGGCGACACGGCUUACAGCGCAGAUGCGUGAGCGGAAAACACCACUCAAAAUAGAUGGGAAGCCAAUAAACGUGCAUCUGGCACUCGGGCGGAGACGGGACGAUCAGCCAAAGGCUCAGAAAGGUGCUAAAGCGGCUCCAAGAAAGGGCCGGAGGCACAGAGGACCACGCAGAAAAGGCCCUGGAAAUAAAGGAAAGGUUGACCGUAAUGGUCCAAGUUUUGUCUUUGAUCCCAAAACUGGCUCGUACGUGGACCCUUUGACAAAUGCCGUUUUUGAUGCUUCCAAAAUGCAGCAUACAAAGGAAGAGCAGCCUCUCCGAGCCCCUGGGAAGGAGCCUGCGACCCAGAGAAGAAGAGGCUUCACUGAGGACAAGGAGGAAGAUGGUAAUGAAGAUCCAUUUAAAAGGCCGUUACCUCCCCAGAUGACAAAGAAGGAAGAGCCGGCGCCCGAGCUAAAGGAUAACCCUCUGAUUAAGCUACUUGGAGAAUAUGGAGACAGUGAUGAAGAGGAAGAGCAGGAAGAACUGGUGCUGCCCCCGUUACGCAAGAAGCCCCCUCCCCCUCCUCCACCUCCUGCUCCAAAACCGAUUCCUAAACCCGUUGCCCCCGUCGCCAGUAGCAGCAAAGAUGAUAAGUUGACGGAUUGGAAGAAAAUGGUUUGUCUGCUUUGCCGCCGCCAGUUCUUCAGUAAGGAGACUCUAAUCAAGCAUCAGAUGCUGUCGCUGCUGCACAAGCAAAAUAUGGCACUCCAUGAGAAUACCAAGAAGUCUCAGAAGGAACUGACGCUGAUCCAGCAGAAGGAGAUGAAGGAGAAUCAGUCCAUACAGAGGAGACUGCAACAGGCUAAAAAAGAGCUGGAGAAACUGGAAAGAGAGGAGGAGGAGGGGACCCAACAGGAGACCGGGAAAGGUCUGGACAGUGGUGUCCAUGGUCCUGAAACAAAGAACCAAAAAGUCCCAGAUAAAAGCAGUGAGACCCAAACCAGAGCAGAAGUCCCCGCUAGUCCAGAGUCCUACUUGGAACACAAGAAAAGACUGGUUCUGGCUCGGUACAAGAAGUUGAAAUAAGCACCAUGCUCCCUCCCUGUACACCCCUUUACUCUACAGUUGUUGUAUAUCCAUUACAGAUUCUGCAUUGCUGCUACUUUUUGUUUUGUUUUUUAAAUAAAGACCGUUUAAAAGA